AUGGCUCCAACUACUAAAGCUUCAGCUGCUAAAAAAGCUGCUUUGAAAGGUGUUAACGGUAAAAAGGCUUUAAAAGUUAGAACUAGUACUACUUUCAGAUUACCAAAAACCUUAAAAUUAACCAGAUCUCCAAAAUACCAAAGAAAAUCAGUCCCACACUACAACAGAUUGGAUGCCCACAAAAUCAUUGUUGCUCCAAUUGCCACUGAAACUGCUAUGAAAAAAGUUGAAGAUGGUAACACUUUGGUUUUCCAAGUUGAUAUCAAAUCCAACAAACACCAAAUCAAAUCUGCCGUUAAAGAAUUAUACGAUGUUGAUGCCUUAUACGUUAACACUUUGAUCAGACCUAACGGUACCAAGAAAGCUUACAUCAGAUUAACCUCUGACUACGAUGCUUUGGAUAUUGCUAACAGAAUCGGUUACAUCUAA